AGAGCAAAGUGUUCUACACAAUCAUCUCUGUCUUCUAGACGGAGUGUGAGCGAGAGAAAUGGACGGAAUUUCAUACCAACGAUUCCCGAAGGUGAAGAUACGGGAGAUGAAGGAUGAUUACCUCAAGUUCGAGCUUCGGGAGACGGAUGCUAGCCUGGCAAAUGCCCUUCGCCGUGUGAUGUUAGCAGAGGUUCCCACAAUCGCAAUCGACCUGGUUGAGAUUGAGGGCAACUCAUCAGUGCUUAAUGAUGAGUUCAUUGCUCACCGACUUGGUCUCAUUCCUCUAACCAGUGAACGUGCCAUGGGCAUGCGGUUCUCCCGUGAUUGUGAUGCUUGUGAUGGUGACGGUCAAUGUGAGUUCUGCUCUGUUGAGUUCCAUCUCCAUGUUCGCUGUGACUCAGACCAGACCCUUGAUGUCACCAGCCAUGACCUCGUGAGCUCCGAUCCCUCUGUGGUGCCUGUUGAUGUCGUGCAGCGCUCGGACAAUGUUGGAUACGAUACAUCGGAGCAAAGGGGAAUAAUCAUUGUGAAGCUGCGUCGGGGUCAAGAGCUAAGAUUGAGAGCAAUAGCUCGGAAAGGGAUUGGCAAAGAUCAUGCAAAAUGGUCGCCUGCUGCAACCGUUACUUUUAUGUAUGAACCAGAUAUUCAUAUCAAUGAAGAUUUGAUGGAAACAUUGUCACUUGAUGAGAAAAGAGAGUGGGUUGAAAGUAGCCCUACAAAAGUUUUUGGACUCGACUCUAAUACACAACAGGUUGUCGUGAUUGAUCCUGAGGCAUACACAUAUGAUGAUGAAGUGAUAAAAAAAGCAGAAGCUAUGGGAAAGCCAGGACUGGUAGAAAUCUAUGGCAAAGAAGACAGUUUCAUUUUUACAGUUGAAUCUACUGGUGCCAUCAAAGCCUCACAGUUGUUCAUCAAUGCAAUAGAAGUUCUUAAGCAGAAGCUGGAUGCGGUUCGCCUAUCAGAGGACACCGAAGAAGCUGAUGAUCAGUUUGGUGAAUUGGGUGCACACAUGCGAGGAGGGUGAUCACUUUGUUGUACUGGUUUGGUUCAUAUGAGGAAGGAUAUGAUAAAAAAAAAAACUGCUUCCAUAAAGGAAUGUGGUCCACUACGCAUGAAUUUCCAACCUUUUGACAGUGAUGUAGAAAC